AUGCCCGCAACAACCCGCGCAACAACCGGCCACUCGCGCCCGCGCAUCGUCUCGCAAGCAGCCGCGCUCCUAACCCCCACCACAAAGGCCAACACGUCCAAGCCGCGCAGCAACAAAGUAGCCUCAGGUCGUAUCGCGAAACCCAGCACCACUACGACUACGACGACGACUACUACGAAGACCAGCCCAGCCACGGCACCCAAGACUAAGGUUGUUAAGAAACGCUCGCCCGUGGAGAAGGCCAAGGAUGCGGUUGUCGGCUCGGCGGAGAAGGUGGUCGGUGAGGUGACGGGACGGCCGGGGAAGAAGGCUGCCGGAACCAAGAAAAUCAGGGGCACGGCGUCGACGAGUGCC